UCUCUCUCCUGACUUUCCUCCCCGGCCGGCCGCUUCACCUUCUUCUUUAUCAUCAUCAUCACUACCAUCAUCAUCAUCGCCCUCAGCAACAGCAGCUUCAGCAGCUUCAGCAGCAGCAGAAGCAGCGUCCAUCAACAGCGUGGUGAACAAAUAAGCAGCACGCAUCUUCAAGAGGCGCUCCACUCGAAGGGGAAGAUGGGGAAAUGGCAGUUGAUCAAAUGUAAGGAUCAAGAAACCAGACGAGGUCUUCAUUUAUGAUACAAACCCGGGUUUAUGCAUCAAUAGGAACUAUUCAAAGGACAAAAGAUUACCCCAUCUGACGCACAAGGAAACAUGGAUGUAUCUUCAUCCUCGCUGCAGUACGGAUCAAAAAAGCGGGUUAAGAUUCACCCAAACACAGUGACAGUGAAAUAUGCCACACACUUUCCCCAGCCUGGCGAUGAAGGGUAUGAUGAUGCACCCUCUUUUGAGGAGUUUGGCGCCUUUGCGGAAGCUAACGUGGGAAAGAGACUGGUGUCAGACAGCAAAGGUAGCCGGACUUUGUUUGGAACCAUGGAGACCCAGCCUAAGCAGCCAAGUGUGCAAAAAGACAAGGGAGUUGGGGGCCAGCUGGCCAGCUUCGGAGAAGCGAAUGUGUUGGCCUCCAGGGUGACCUGGAUGGCGUUGUUUGGGGCAGCGGUGGCUCAUGGUUGUGUGGCACUGAUUACUCGUUUAGCAGCCGAUCGCUCUAAAGUGCCCUCCCUCGAGCUGCUCUUCAUCCGCUCCGUGAUCCAAGUGCUGUCCAUCCUGGUGGUCUUCUACUACCAGGAGGCCCCAUUUGGCCCUAAGGGCUACCGACUGCGUCUCUUCUUCUACGGUGUGUGCAAUGUAAUCUCAAUCACCUGCGCCUACACCUCUUUUGCUAUAGUACCACCCAGUAAUGGCACCAUCAUGUGGCGAGCCUCCACCACAGUCUUCAGUGCAAUACUGGCCUUCCUGCUUCUGGAUGAGAGGCUGGGCUACACAGAUGUGGUCACAGUGGUGGGAAGCGUGUUCGGUCUGUGCCUAGUCAUGGUGCCAAAUGUCGCAGACGAGGAGAAGUCCCGGCUGGGGUUUUGGAAGGAGGCCUUUGGCUACACAAUGACAGUCAUGGCCGGCUUGACCGCUGCCCUCUCCAUGAUUGUCUACAGAGCCAUUAAGGAGCGCGUCAGCAUGUGGGCGGCACUCUUUACCUUCGGCUGGACGGGCACGGUGUGGGGUGCCUCCACCAUGUUUAUCAUGCAGGAGCCCAUCAUUCCUCUGGAUGGGGAGACCUGGGGCUAUUUAAUUGGGAUCUGUAUCUGCUCCACCGUGGCGUUCCUCGGAGUCUACUAUGCUCUAAACAAGUUUCAUCCAGCCUUAGUCAGUACAGUGCAGCAUCUAGAGAUCGUGGUUGCCAUGUUGCUCCAGCUCAUUGUUCUGAGGAUGAUCCCGUCUGUCUAUGACGUCAUCGGAGGCCUGGUCAUCAUGAUCAGUGUGUUCACCCUGACAGGAGUCAAGCUUUACAGGGUGAGCAGGGCCAUGCGGCAGGAUUAUCAAGAGAUCCUAGACUCGCCCAUCAAAUGAGUUUUGAUAUGUCAGUCUAUUUGUUUACAAUGUUGCUUGGUUGUUAAAGAAUGUCUGAAUCUUAAUCUGAUGAUUUUUGUAUUGUUGUGUUGUUGGAAGGGUGCCAGUUGUGUAACUAAUGUCUUAAUAUUUGUGUGUGAAAUAAAAGACAAAUGUAGUAUGGUG